GACGACAUAUAGGGUUUAUGCAAACAGUAUAACCCAUUCGGCCAGUUCCAAAGUCGAGAAAAGAAAAACCUAAAGCUUCUCUCCCAUUCUUCAACAAACCGCCCCUUUGAAAUCCGAAGUUAAAAAAUGAGCGAAGGACCUGGUCUCUUCUCUGAUUUUGGCAAAAAAGCCAAAGAUCUACUCAACAAGGACUACACCUCCGACCAGAAGUUCACCGUUUCGAGCUCCACCUUCACUGGCUUGGUACUUGUAUCGAAUAUUGUGAAUAAGGGAGGUCUCUCCUUUGGGGAGGUGGCAACACAAUACAAGCACAAGAAUGCUAUAAUCGAUUUCAAGCUAGACACGGGGUCAAAUAUCUCGACAACCUUCACCAUCACAGAUUCACAUCCAUCUGCAAAAAUGGUGGCUUCUUUUAAGCUGCCAGAUUCUAACUCUGGAAAGUUGGAGUUUCAGUAUUUGCAUGAACAUGCAGCUAUGACUACCGCUGUUGGGCUGAAGAAAUUGCCAACUGUUGAUUUUUCUGCAACCAUUGGAACUCCUGGCAUUGCUUUUGGUGCAGAGGCAAGCUACAUGACAUCUUCUGGUGAAUUUACAAAGUAUAAUGCUGGAGUGAACAUGACAAAACCAGAUUCCAAUGCUUCAGUGAUUUUGGCUGACAAGGGAGACUCCCUAAAGGUGUCAUAUUUGCACUAUCUAAAUCAGCUGAAUGGCGGAGCUGUGGUGGGUGAGAUUGCGAGAAAGUUCUCCACAAAUGAAAACACAUUAACGGUGGGAUGCUCAUAUCUUGUUGAUCAACACACGCUGGUGAAGGCAAAACUCAACAAUCAUGGCCAUCUUGGUGCUAUUGUACAGCAUGAGCUUAGGCCGAAGUCCUUCGUUACAGUAUCUGGGGCCUUUGACACAAAGGCGUUGGAGAAGACUCCCAAGUUUGGUUUAGCUCUCUCUCUAAAGCCCUGAACAGGUAUACUGAUUUCAUGAUAAGAACAAACAACAUGGCUGAUGAGAUUGAUUUUCUUUCAUGCCACUUUCACACAGGCAUCUAGGGAUUGAAAAUGGAAACCACUAACUUUCACAAAGUACUUAGUUUUUGGAUUGUUAAAAAACUUUGAUCAUAACGCAUUAUAAUAAAUUAUUAAUCUUAUUAACUAGGCUUCUUGUGAACUA